AUGUCCCACGCCGACUCCCAGUCGCCCGCGCUCUCCGGUCUUCGUCCGUCCCCCGUCGCAGCGCUCCGCAAGGAGAACGACCUGGACAGUGAGGAGAGUACCGCCGCCUCGUCUGCUGCAGCUCUUGCGUCUAAACCCACGGCCACUCCUCCCUUCCGCCCGGCCGACGUAGCCGUUUCCCCUUCUGGUGCAUCGUCGCCUACGCAGGCUGGCUUUACCUCCAGGAUCAUCUUGACGACAUAUCCCAAGCAGAUUGGCAUCAAACCAUUUCCUAUGAAGUGGGGCGCUGCUGAGCCUCUUGAACGUGGCCCCAUCGUCGUGUCUCGCUACUCGUCUACCAUUCGGAGGAGAAACGCCAUUGGAGCUCACGGCGGCUCCUACUCCAUCUAUUACGCUUUAGCCCUUGCCAGUAAGGAGCUCAAGGCCGACCACAGGCCCGACUUCACCAACACGGAGCCGACAACGACCGUUGGACCUUUUCCUCAGUGGGGUGACCCCAAGAAGAUCGUGGCAAUGGACCCGUGGGGCCAUCUCGCCCCUUGGCUCUUCAAGGACACGAUCGAGAAGGAUGACAUUGAUAUUCGACCUACCAUCGCGAUCACGAAGGCGCACAUGAAGCUGCCUGAGCUCGAGGACAGCGUGCGCAGUGGGAGACUUAUCCCUGAUGGAAAGAUCUGUCUAAAUGACCAGGGCGAGCUUGCAGUCACCAAGUUCGCGGUCGAGCCUGUCUGGUACCUGCCCGGAGUAGCCGAGCGAUUUGGCAUUGACGAGGGGACGCUGAGGAGAUCUCUCUUUGAAUAUACCGGUGGCAGCUACCCCGAGUUGAUCACCCGUGGUGAUAUCAAGGUGUUCCUACCACCUAUCGGUGGCUUGACUGUGUACUGCUUCGGAGACCCCGCAAACAUGUCGAAUCCCAGCAAGAAGCUCGCCCUUCGCAUCCACGACGAGUGCAACGGCAGCGAUGUCUUCGGCUCAGACAUCUGCACGUGCAGACCCUACCUCAUCUUCGGCAUCGAGGAAGCUGUCAAGGAAGCUCAGAAGGGCGGCAGUGGCGUCGUGAUCUACUUUAGAAAGGAGGGCCGCGCCCUCGGCGAGGUGACAAAGUACCUUGUAUACAAUGCCCGAAAGCGUGGCGAAGACCGUGCCUCGGACUAUUUCAAGAGGACCGAGAACGUAGCCGGCGUCAAGGACAUGCGCUUCCAGGCCCUGAUGCCCGAUAUCCUUCACUGGCUGGGCAUUACUAAGAUCGAUCGGAUGCUUAGCAUGAGCAACAUGAAGCACGACGCUAUUGUCGGUCAAGGAAUUCCUAUCCAUGAGCGCGUCGAGCUGCCCGAGUCUUGGAUCCCCGCGGACUCGAGGGUCGAGAUCGAUGCUAAGAUCACGGCCGGUUAUUUCACCACCGGACACCGGAUGACGGCUGAGGAGCUACAGGCUGUCCAGGGACGCCUGUGGGAGGAUGUCGACCAUUGAUCGAGCAAAAGGCUAAAGGGAGGGAAAGAGGCCUCCCAGCUCUCCAGAGUAAGGACUCCGCAAGUGCAUUGGCCCACCUGGGCAAUAGAGGAUAUUUACCCCAGAUUCAUGAGUCUGGUCUGUUUCAUGCUACUGGAGAAAGGCGGGCAUGCCAGGAAGACAAGCAACGUAGAAUCCAUCAAUAGGGUAUUUUACCACCAAAUGGUACUCUGGGAGCGGAUCCCGUCCGUGGCCCACUACGCAGGCACGGGUUGUUUUCGCCCUCUCUCUCUCUCUGACUUGUAAGGACCGCCAGCAUGUAUACUCGAUAGACAGUUCAAGAUACAAUGUACAGCGUGUAGACUGCC